ACCAGGAGUUGACAAGAAUAUGACAUAUUUUUACAUUUUAUCCUUUUAAUUUCCUCUUUUAUGUUCCAUCAUGGGGGUUUUUAUGAGUAGACGUAAUGCGGGGGUACAAGAGGUUGAUAUAUCUGUCCACAAUGCGUAUAAAUAUCCUCCUAAAUCGGGUUCCUACUUUGGCAGUCACUUCAUUAUGGGAGGUGAACGCUUCGACACAAUACUGCCAGAAGCAUAUCUCUUUGGAGAGAAUCAAGAUUUGAACUUCUUGGGGAGUCGACCUAUUCCUUUUCCGUACCCUGCUCCCCAGUGCAAUGAACCCACAAAGACAUUGAGGAGUCUAGUAAAUAUAAGGAAGGAUUCCCUGAGAUUUAUCAAAGUUCAAGACAAUGAAAACAAUGCUGACCGCAACUCGGUGGAUGCUACAGAGAAUGGUUCAAGUACCAAGUACAAUCUUGAAUUCACCUUUGACUCUGAUGUUAGAUGUGCCAUCACAAUUUAUUAUUUUGCAACAGAGGAAUUCAGUAAUGGACAGAUGGUAUAUCAUCCCCGGGAUGCUACUAUGAACUCGGAAACUUUUCACUACAAGCGUGGUGCUAAUCAAACAUUCAGUCAGACAACUCACAUAAUUGAUCCGAGCAAGUUUCCAGAUGAAGAAUGGCUGUUCAGUCCAGAGAAGGACACGGUUCCUGUCGUUAUUCAAUGCUGUGUUGAAGAAGAGCAUCACAUCGGCCAUGCCCAUAUCACGUUUGGCUGCGUUGAAAAGAACUCUGAGAAUGUGUACAUUCUGAAGCCACUGAAGCAGAAGCAGACGGUUGAUGGACUUUGUUACCUUCUGCAGGAGAUUUAUGGUAUAGAGAACAAGAAUGCUGAAAGGAAGGCAAAUAACGAUGACGACUUUGAUGACAAUGGUUCAGAGUGUGUGAUUUGUAUGUCGGACACGAGGGACACCUUGAUUCUUCCAUGUCGUCACCUGUGUUUGUGCAACGGAUGUGCUAACAACCUGCGAUAUCAAGCCAAUAAUUGCCCUAUAUGCAGAGCGCCUUUUAGAGCCUUACUACAGAUUCGUGCCCUCCGAAAGAAGCUUCCGAACACCCCACAGCAGCCUCCUAGUGAGGAUGAGACGCCUGUGAGCCAGGAGGGUGUCCCCACCGGCUACGAGGCUGUUGCGCUCAUUGAAGCACUCAAUGGAGCCACCAACCCUGCCCCACUUCCUAAUCCAUUGCAGAUGCCCGCUGAAGGUCUACCUCCACCAACUCGUCCAAGUCUUGCCGGCUCACCUCAUGAGAGUCCAGUAUUAGAGAAAACUAGAAAGGUCAUAAAAAGACAACCAUCAGUUGGUAGCAGGUCGUUGCGAGAUGCUGCUGUACCGGAGGAAGCAGAAGAGACAAAGGAGGGUGGCGAAGCUGUGGUCAAGGACGAUGUAGCCGAGGGUCGAGGGACACCCGAGGUGGUCAUGUUCGCCAUGGCACCAGAACCAAUAAAGCCAACGGAGACCGUCUUGCCAACCAAGAAAGCCUCAUUGCCUAAGAUAAGGUUUCCUGGGACAAAAGCGAGGGCCUCCCCUGAUGAUUUGGAGGAUCCACUGCAUAUAGAGACUGAGGGGAUGAGACCACAAGAAACCAUGCCACCGAAGGUGGAGAUCAUCAAUGAAACUGGCAAAUUGGGUCAAGAGAGUUUGCGCUACAGCAACUGUCGCCAGCUCACUGAAGAAACGAAUGUCAGCGAUAGUACGAGUGAGAGUGAGGAGUGUGAGAUGCACGAAGCAUCUGCUGUGACCCCCGAGGCCUCCUCCCCCACUCUUGAACACGGCAUCCAGAGUGACGACGACUCUCUUGAUGAUGUCGAAGACGAAGAUGUGAUUGAUGAUGACUUCUUCCCAAUACAAGACAUACAUGUACCUUUAGAUGGUGACGAGGUGAAGCCAAUGAAUAUAUUCCGCCAAGCAGCGCACACCAAAGUAUUAUACGAGCGCGAAGAUGACAUUGAUGAAGAAAAAAUGGAGCAGGAGUCUCUUGUGAUCAACUUGCCACACGAUACGAUGUCUUUGCCAGGAACUCCAGUAGGAACAGACGGUUCAAGUGGAUCAAGUUAUGGUAGUACCUCAAGCACACGCAUGUUGCUGCCGCAGGGCCAAAAACCGGAUGACGACAAAGUUGAGACAUACAAGCCAACAGAAUGUGUCUAGGUGAUAUGUUCAGUCAUGAUUAAAUUGGAUGUGGGGUGAAGUGUUGAGACGAUUUUGAACUGAAAUUUACUUGUUUAAUCCCACUGAAAGACUUUUUUUCCAUGUUUGUAGUUGAUACAAGUGGUUUUGCACAUAUUCGGUGAAUCUG